CAGUUAAUUAUUUGUUUUCGGAAGCUUGGACUUGAUAGCGAAGGAAGCCGUAAACGAUCAGCGGUUACGUGAAACACCCAACGGCGGCGAGGAGUCCAGCACAUCCUUCGCACAUAACUAUCCCCGCGUGGGAUUCUAACCUUUAAAUCACAUUUAUAUGGGAACUCGGAAUGACACUAUAUUAAUUGUUGUAGCCAUCAACACCGCCGCGACUCACUCCACCAGGAACAAACACGGAACGCGCCUCACUGAUGAAAAUCUGCAAAACACGCUCAGAGUUAAAGUGUCAAGCCUGCACAUCAGCCGAGGAGUGCCCUGAAAAUACAAUGUGCUUUCAACCAUCAACAGGGCCCAAUGCUCGUGGUUGCCCAGACGGAUUUGGAGGACUGGAUUGUAUGAAACGAGCAAACUACGUCGACGACAGAUGCCCUCAACCCGAUGAUCUGAGUGGUGUUUGCGUCCCUUCCCAACUAGACCGCCAAUGUACUAAUGGGGGUAUUGACAAAUGUCCAGAUGGAGAAAUAUGUUGCCCAGGAUCAGAUGGAUGUUCAUACCGUUGUUUUACAAUAGUCCUAGAUAAUUUGUCGGUCAUUGCAAUACAUGAAUAUUUGUGUGUGUUAUGAUUUCGAAAACCAAUAGAAAGUCAUUUUAUGUAGUAAGUAACCGCAUUGGAACUUAUAUGGAUAUGGCCACAAUCGGUAUUUGAAUUGUCCUCGCCUCAUUAAUACACCAAAUUCACCAGGUAAGACUAUGCGAAAGCAUUGACAAAACCCCACAUGACGCGCGGUAAUUUGAGUUUCGUACAAUCCCCCUUCAAUAGAGAUUUGAGGCGGCCAGUAUAUCGUGCUCGCAUUCUUGGUUACACGGACUCGAGCCUAAAAAUAUUAUUUUUCCCAUUUCAUAUGAAAAAGUCCUACAAAUAAAGCGAGCUCUACACGAUUAUGUAAAUCUCUUAUCAUCAACUGUCAGCGACGGCUUGGAAUUUUCGAAAGAACAAAAAGUCGCUGAUAGCGCGCGUGAAUUUCACUGGACUGUUUUAGUUAAAUUCAUAAAAAUAAACGUUUUGAGAAAAUGAGAAGAACAUAUUAUUUUGACUUUUAAACGUCUGAAGUUUUAUUGAAAUAUUCUGAUCAAUAUGGAUUCAAACUUUGAUCAGAAACCCAGA